GAGAGGGCGAGUGUGAAGAUGUUUCCUUUGUGUCAGCCGUGACACGCCAGCGACUUGAACGCAAAACAGUCGCGAGUUUUCAAGAGACGUCUCAGUCAUUUAACGGUUUAAUUUGAUCUCCUGCACCCGGUUUAACGGGAGCCAGGAGGGAACCACGCGCGGACUGGCAUGUGGGUCAAUUCUGAAAGCGUCGGAAGGGCCCUCCCCAUGGAUAUAGACACAGAUUAUGAGCGACCUAAUGUGGAGACCAUAAAGUGUGUGGUGGUGGGUGAUAACGCGGUGGGCAAGACCCGACUGAUCUGUGCCCGUGCCUGCAAUGCCACCCUUACUCAGUACCAGCUGCUUGCCACCCACGUGCCAACUGUCUGGGCCAUCGACCAAUACCGUGUGUGCCAGGAGGUGCUGGAGAGGUCAAGAGACGUGGUGGACGAGGUCAGUGUCUCCCUCAGGCUGUGGGACACAUUUGGAGAUCAUCACAAAGACAGACGCUUCGCUUAUGGCAGAUCAGAUGUAGUAGUGCUGUGCUUCUCUUUGGCCAAUCCGAACUCCCUGCGCCAUGUCCGUACCAUGUGGUUUCCUGAGAUUAAGCACUUCUGCCCCCGCACCCCAAUCAUCCUGGUGGGCUGCCAGCUGGACCUUCGCUAUGCUGAUCUGGACGCUGUUAACCGGGCUCGCCGGCCUCUGGCCAAACCCAUCAAACCCACAGACAUCCUUCCCCCAGAACGAGGACAUGAGGUCGCUAAGGAACUCGGCAUUCCAUACUACGAAACAAGUAUUGUCGCUCAGUUCGGUGUAAAGGAUGUGUUUGACAAUGCUAUCCGUGGUGCACUCAUCUCUCGACGCCACCUUCAGUUCUGGAAGUCCCAUCUAAAGAGGGUUCAGCAUCCCCUACUCCAGGCACCGUUCCUUCCCCCCAGACCACCACGACCUGUGGUGGGCAUCCCGGAUCCUCCUCCCAUGGAUGGAGAAGGUCUAGACUCUCUUUUCUGCCAGCCGUUGUGUGCGGAUGUCCUGUUUCUACUCCAGGCUGGUGCCACUCGUCUCUUUGCCCAUAAGGUGUACCUGGCCACUUCCUGCUCAAAGUUCUAUGACCUUUUCACUAUGGAUCUUGGAGCAUUAGGGAUGGAGAAGGAGGGUGAAGAGAGCUCAGAGGGGAGCGAGGAAGAAGAGCAGAGCCGAAGAGGAGCCAAAGAACAGGCUGGGCGUACCAAGAGCCUGGACAUUGAUAAGGAGGGGGAAAGGGGCACCAGGGGUUCAAAUAGGCUGCUCAUGUUGCAGCAGGGCUCACUGAGGACUUCACAGAGUGAUAACGCUCUGCCUGCCAGGGGCCAGUUCUCUUUGGGACCCCUGGGAGCAGGCCGUGCUCUUUUGGGUUGGGGACGUGGUUUCUUGGGGGUGUACCUGGAGAUGGUGGAUGACCCUGUGACAGGUCGGCCUAGAGUCAUGACAGUUGUGUCAAUGGAUGAUCUCAUUCAGAAAGGGCCUUUCCAGGCAGUGCUGCAGUACCUUUAUACAGGUCACCUGGAUGAGACACGUGGGGACCUGAUGCAGGUGGCCACCAUCGCUGAGCUUCUGGAGGUCUUUGACUUGCGUAUGAUGGUGGCCAAUGUCCUGAACCGUGAGAGCUUCAUGAACCAGGAAAUCACCAAAGCCUUCCAUGUGCGUCGUGCCAACCGCAUCAAAGAGUGCCUGAGCAAGGGCACCUUUGCUGAUGUGGUGUUUCGAUUGGACGAUGGAUAUCUGCCAGCCCACAAGCCACUGCUCAUCUCAAGCUGUGAUUGGAUGGCAGCCAUGUUUCGUGGAUUCUUCAUGGAGAGCUACACUGAGGAGGUCUCUAUCCCCAACACCACUUGUGCCUGCAUGAGAGGCGUUCUGGAGUUUCUUUACUGUGGUGUGUUAACACCUUGUCCUGAACUGGAGCCAAUGGACCUUAUAAUAUUAGCCAACCGCCUCUGUCUUCCUCGCCUUGUAGCUCUAACAGAGCAACAUGCUGUUGAGGAGCUAUUGCAGUUGUCCGUUAAAGGGGUGGACAUUGAUGGGCAUGUGCUGGCCUAUCUGGAGAUGGCUCAGUUCCACAAUGCCAGACAGCUUUCUGCCUGGUGUCUGCAUCACAUCUGCACCAACUACAACAGCGUUUGUCGAAAAUUCCCUAAAGACAUGAAGAUGAUGUCUCCUGAAAACCAGAAACACUUUGAGAAGCAUCGCUGGCCCCCUGUGUGGUUCCUGAAGGAUGAAGACCGCUACCUCCGUUCUCAAAAAGAGCGAGAGCGUGAGGAGCAGAUCUUACGCAAACAGCACACUAAACGGAGCUGGUGUUUCUGGAGACAUCCAUCCUCUUCAGCACCCCACAUUUCCUGAGGGUCUGCCUCCAUUCAUCCUUUCAACCCUCCUGUACUCCUCAUCCUCAUCUCAGUCCAGAGGCGUGUAGCCAAGCCUGGGGAGCCCUGUUUCUGUGCAUCUGUCCUGACUACUGGAAGCGAGUCCGGGGUCCUCUUUGCUUCUGCGCUUUACCCUUCCCUACCCACGUUGGGCCUUAGUGGACUGCCCAUCGCGAGAGCGUCAUUAAAUGGGAGAAGGUUUGGAGAAAGUCUCAAAUCUCUCUCUAUCUCAGUGUUACAUGUUCUACUUUGCGAAUGCAACAGGUCUCGCAGCAGCAUCACAUAGGGAACAGCAUCAUUGCAGUGACCUGCUUUCGCCUGUAAAGACUGUUAUUAUUAAACGAGACCACACACACACACUCACACCAGCACCCCGUCUGAGCGCUGGCGCCCGGGCACACAGAUGCUGCAUGGUGCUGCUGUGUUGACCUUUUUUCUGUGAGACCUAUUUUUGGGAAAACCGUCAUGUUCAAUGCCUACAAGCUGAAACAUAGCUUAGCUUUGAAUACAACUAGCAACUAAAAUGGCGGCAGGGAUAUACAUGAAAAAAAAAUUGUUAGAAUAAAGGGGUUAUUGCCCCUGCCUUCAUGCUCACUAAAAACAGUUGAAAAACAGCUUCCAUUGUCCCAUAUUGGCUCGGAAUACCAAUUGUGUUGCUUACUGAAUAACUGUUUUUCAGAUUGCUUUUCCUCUUUCUAAAUUUUGCUCAUGUGGUAGAACAGAAGGGGUGUGUAGUUCAGGUCUGUCACUCACUUAAAAACUCUAGGACAGCACUAGAGACAGACACACAGACAGACAACACAUUCAAACACAAACGCCUUACCAAAAUCUGCAGAAACAAAAACUUGACAGCAAGUAAACUAUGAAAUUAGGGCUAUUUUUACCACUGCCAGGAGAGUAAUAACAAUCACAGCUGUUAUAUGACAUUCUGUCGAUUGAGUUUUGUGAUUUGACCUUUAGCAAGCUCUUUGACUUGCUUGCCUUUCACUUCCUCCACUGAGGGGCGCCCAUGCCUUCUAAGUUUAUAGUGCUUAAGUAUUAGCUACUCUUUUGUUAGUUGGUCCUGUUGCAGAUCUUCACACCCUUGUGAAAUGCACUUGUUUUUGUAGCACUUCUUCAGUCUUAGCUAUUGGCAAACCAAAAAGUAGGUUGCAAUGUUUUUUUAUUCCUCCGCCACUCAUCUCUGUUAUUCCUCUGCUCCUCUACCUCUGCAGUUAGCCAAACUGAGGGAGAAACUAUCGAUCCACUUCCUGUAGUGUUUGAUAUGUUGCAAUGUGAUGCUUCCCUUUGCACUUUACACAUGCAGAUAAAAUCAGUGCUCAGGAUUAACUUGCUAAAUGUCACAGCGUUCAACCACUCACCCAUCAUCUCCUUAAGAGGCGGUUUCGGACUUUGAGCACUGCAACAGUUGUGAUGUGAUCUCACGCUCUGGUGUUAUUUGUUUUUUCAACAUAGU